CAGAGGUUUUAUUCUUUAGAUGCCGGUGGCAGACUUUUUUUCUUUUAAACAAAGAAAAAGAAGGAAAACAAAUAUGCUCCCUUGUAGCUUUCUCUCUUACACUGUUAGAGGUUAGAGGCCUCUAAGAGACUGGUGAUGGAAAUGAAGCUUAAGCUGGUUUGACCCUUCAAGAACCAAAUGAGGCAAACAGUGUUACGAAGCAAAGGUUCAUUGGGUUCAGUUGAACCAUUACACGUGACCUGGAGCUCGGACAUUGACGGUGACUGAGCGUUAUGAUUUUACCUACACUGUCCAAUUUCUAGCCAAAAAGAAAGUUUUCGUGAAUAUUUUUAUACACAAAAUUACAAAGUAAGCCUGAAACAAUGUUCCCUCACAAUCAGCCUUAACAUGACGCGUUCUACUAGGAAGCAUUGCCUCUCUGCCCAGUUAGUGGAGGGGUAUAUUGUAACCUGUUUUAGAGGUAGCACCGCUGUUUUUUGAUGGAAAAAUUGGGUAAUAUGCAAAUACCCAACAGUGCACAGUGCAUGCGGAGAAGGGGGUCCCAGCUGUCAAACCUGCUUUAUUGUGCACUGUUUAUAUGCCAGUAUUCUGUGUGAUCACCACAUGCCUGGCAACAAUCAUGUUGGAAGCAGUGUACAUACAGUUAUUGUCUUUAAAUAUCUUGGUAUCCCUACUAGAUCCCUCCCCACCCCCUCUACUUUUCAAAUAUAUGAAUAAGCUGUGUCACAUGGGCAGUACUACCCCAACAUGUUGUCCAGUUUCUAGGAAUAAAGAACUGGGCCUUCAAAAGUCUACUUGAUAAGUGACUAGAUUUCAAUCUUGAAAAACCUCCUUGUGCUAAACAAACAUAAAUAAUAAUUACCAAUCAGUAGGUACCUUUUUUGUGAAUCACAAUUGCUUGUAUUGCUGAGCACAUUUUCCCACGCAGCAGCUGCAGAUAUACUCAACAAGUACUUGCUGCAAAAACGUUUUAAAGGAAAGGGUUUGGAGUGAGGAGAUUAGAAAAGUUAAUCAUUCUCCAGGUCUGAAGAAGGUGUCAGCAUUCAGUGUCUGAAACAAACCUUCCUGUUCACCCUAUGUGUUAGAGCAGUUUCUUGAGAAGAUGCUGAAGCCCAGUGCAGUGUGUGUUGCUGUGUUUGUAAUCCUGUGUGUCGGGGGAUGGUGUCAGAAGUCGGAGCCCCUAGCCCUCCGUGGAGAGCAGUCCUUAUUCCGGGGAUCUGACCGGUAUGAUUUCUCCUAUGUGCUCCCUGCAGCUGCACUGGAGUGUUUCUGGCAUUUUGCACACCAGAGUGGCAAUUUUUACUUCAGUUACGAGGUUCAGUGGGUGACUGGGAUUGGGAAGGACAGGCACAUCACUGCCACUGUGAACUCUCCAGAGGGGCUCCUCAUGGGCAGCUCACAGGAUGUACGGGGCCAAAUCAACUUUAGGACCAAAGAGACAGGGUUUUUUCAGAUCUGUUUGAGCAACUUUCAUAACCGUUUCGGGUCCAUGCAAGUGUUCCUAAACUUUGGGGUCUAUUACGAUGGGUUUGAAGAAAUGCAACAUCAAAAAGAACAGGAAAAAAAACAACUGAAUGACACACUGGCUACGAUUGAGACGAGCGCAGCCAGGGUGCAGAGCUAUGUAUUUCACAUGUGGAGAUACUAUAACUUUGCCAGGAUGCGCCAGGGGACCGAUUAUUAUCUGCUGCUGUCCAACUACAACUACGUGACCUGGUGGUCUGCCGCUCAGAGCCUGGUCAUCGUAUUGUCUGGCUUUCUACAGCUUCACUUCCUCAAGCGUCUCUUCUACACAAAAACCACUACAGAUACACAGAAGCCAAGGUGCUAAUGCUGUCAAAUUCCCUCUCAAAAAACUGAUAUCAGGUUUGAGGUGUUAUUUAGUUGGAAUGUCUUAAAUGGGGUUAUAUGUACAAAGGUGCAUUAAAAGUGUGUUUUUGAAAUAGAGCAAGCAGCUUCAAAUGACUAGCAGGUUUAUUUUCCCGUACAUUUUCAAUGUACUUGUAAUUCUUCAAAGUUAUGUGUGGUUAUCUCCAAGACUGCUAAGUACUGAGUGAUACUCAGACACGUCAAUUUAAUUAGUGUUAACAUAACAAUAUUUGUAUUCAAUCUAAUUUAGAUUGUCGAUUGUCUUUUUUUUUUUUAAAGCGACAUCUUUGAGGGGUUAUGGGACACUACUGGUAGCUAUGGAGAUAGCAUCUGCAUCACUUGGAACUGAAAGACAAAUUCUUUCCCACUUUCCCAGGUCAUACAAAAAUACCUACAAACUAGAG